UUUCACUCCCGUUCAAGGUCGAUUCAGUCCCCGCCGAGUUCGACUCGGAGAUUUUCCCAGAAACUAAAGACAACCCGGGAAAUUUUCUAUACGAUUACUUUCGCUCUCUCUCUUCCUUCUGGAUCGAAAAAUCUCUUCUCUGUGCUCAAACUUGAUUCGAAGAAAGAGAUAACGAGACGAAGAAGAUGGCAUCCGAGCUGAUGUACCGGCGAUACGAGACGGACCAGCCUUCCGUCGACGCUUACUACCCGAAACCCAUUAAGCCAUGGUUCUUCGUGACUCGUUCCAUCCGUUACAUGCUCCGGGAACAGAGGCUUGUCUUCGUCCUCGUCGGCAUUGCCAUUGCCACCUUGGGUUUCACCAUUUUCCCUCGCUCCACUCAACCCAUCCCCUACUCGGAUCCGUUUUCCGGGUACGGGCUCCGGUCUGAGUCUUCGUACCUUACGGCGUUCCAGGCGCAGAAGAAGCCAAGCUUCGAGUACCUGAACCGGAUCGGGUCAGCGGGUGGUAAGAUUCCUCUGGGGCUGAAACGCAAGGGCCUCCGGAUCGUGGUGACGGGUGGGGCCGGGUUCGUCGGGUCGCACCUCGUGGACCGUCUGAUCGCGAGAGGGGACAACGUGAUCGUCGUCGACAACUUCUUCACCGGUCGGAAAGAGAACGUGAUGCACCAUUUCGGCAACCCGAAUUUCGAACUCAUCCGCCAUGAUGUUGUGGAGCCGCUCCUUCUGGAGGUUGAUCAGAUCUACCACUUGGCGUGUCCUGCUUCUCCCGUCCACUACAAGUUCAAUCCCGUCAAGACCAUCAAGACGAAUGUGGUAGGAACGCUGAACAUGCUGGGUCUGGCGAAGAGGGUCGGAGCCAGAUUUCUUCUGACGAGUACCAGCGAGGUGUACGGAGAUCCUCUUCAGCACCCGCAGGUGGAGACUUACUGGGGCAACGUUAAUCCCAUCGGAGUUCGGAGUUGUUACGACGAGGGAAAGCGGACAGCUGAAACGCUGACAAUGGACUACCACAGGGGCGCCAACGUCGAGGUCAGGAUUGCUCGUAUAUUCAACACGUAUGGCCCCAGGAUGUGCAUCGAUGACGGCCGCGUGGUUAGCAACUUCGUUGCGCAGGCGCUGAGAAAAGAACCGUUGACUGUUUAUGGUGAUGGGAAGCAGACAAGGAGCUUCCAGUAUGUCUCUGACCUGGUGGAGGGGCUGAUGAGGUUGAUGGAGGGAGAGCAUGUGGGGCCGUUCAACCUGGGGAACCCGGGUGAGUUCACAAUGCUGGAGCUGGCUCAGGUGGUGCAAGAGGCGAUAGACCCGAAUGCCAAGAUAGAGUUCAGACCCAACACAGAGGACGAUCCCCACAAGAGGAAACCAGACAUCACCAGAGCCAAGGAGCUUCUCGGUUGGGAGCCUAAGGUCUCUCUCCGCCACGGCCUUCCCCUUAUGGUCUCUGACUUCCGCCUCCGCAUCUUCGGCGACCACAACUCCUCCUCCGCCUGAACGGCCACUCUUUCGUCUUAAAAUGUUAUUUCUGGUUUUGAUUUCUGUGUUGUCAUUCUUGUAAUU